UAGUAAACAACAUUUGUAACUCAGUUUGGUGUAAUGUAAUUCUGUAAAAGUGGCCCAGCGGGGACGCUAAAAAAACGAGAGAUGGGAUGGCUCUUCGGGAAUUUCUUCUGUAAAUAUAGAAUUCAAAUGUUUUUUGGAGAGCACAAUGAAUGCACCCGCCGAAUCUCUCCUCAAAUACGAUCGCCCAAUUUUAGUUCCAAAAAGUGCUGAUAAAAAAUCGGCAAAGGGACAACCUGCAAAAGUCCUCAAGUCAAAACCUCAGCAGCAUGCAGACUCUUUGCCAGGUCCUCGUAAAUCCAUAACAGCCACGUUUGACGACAUCAGGCAGAAAAAUGUGGACAUUCUCAACUUCAUGUUUCCACCCAGGAGAUGGGAGGAAGCGAACAGAGAGUGGGUGCAGAGAGUGUGUAAUGAACCAUCCACUCGAGUGGAUGUGGUGAACCUAGAGGAAGAACUAGACAAAAAGCUGCUGCAAAUGCGUGCCAUGGAGACUGGAAUCUGCCCCCUGAGAAGGCAGUUAUACACCGAAUGCUUUGAUGAGCUGAUCAGACAAGUGGUCCUCAUUUGUGCUUCGAGGGGUCUCUUGUUGCUGCGGGUAAGAGACGAGAUCCAGAUGACCAUUGCUGCCUAUCAGACGUUCUACGAGAGCAGUAUGGUUUUUGGCAUGAGAAAAGCUCUGCAUGAUGAACAGGAUAAGGUGGCCCUGAAGAACAGAAUUUCUGAUUUGGAAAAUUUAAAAGAGGAGCUGAAAGAGCAAUUGGAUCACCAAAGAAAGAAAUGUGUGGAAGUGGAAAAAAUGGCAGCUGAAAAACAGCAGGUGCAGGAAAAGAAGCACACGGAGGAGAUUCAGACCCUGAGGAAAAACAACCAGCAGCUCAAGAUCCAACUGGAGGGUUUCUUCACAGCAAAGAAGUAACUUCACCUACAUGGAUUGAAUUGUACCAGUGC